CUUAAAUCAGAUCAUUUUUUUCUCUUCCACUCAAUUUUCCCAAAAACAAAAUGGCCGGCGGCAAAUGCAACCUCGAACGCGGUGGCAGUGGCAGUGGCGGAAGAGGAGGACGCUGGCAUAACCAGAAUAAACCGAAUCGUUACCGCGGCGCACCUAAGCAUGGAUCUCCCGGUUCAGAUAAACCAGCCCCCGCCACCGCAGGUAGGAGGUGCUGCUCCGCGCCGGAUCAGCCUCCUCCGCAGCACGGAAAUGAAGUGUUGAUUCGAGUUCGCGGAUGCGGACUAGGAGAAUUCUGCUGGUCGAUAUCGGUGCAGUGGUGGGGCCGCUUGUUGAUCUCCUUGAGCUACUCGCUGGGAGAGUGAUGAUGCGAGCCGUCAUGUGUUAACCUCCCUCCUAUGCAUAAACGUUUGCUCUCCGCAGAUGACACGUUUUUAUGCAUAGGAAGUAGUUUGUACGUGAAUCUAAUUGGACUAGGUCCAAGUUUGAGUGACUUUCCAAUGUGUGAGAUGUUUCUAUUUGUGUGUGUGCUUGUUAGUUUGUACGUGAAUCUAAUUGGACUAGGUCCAAGUUUGAGUGACUUUCCAAUGUGUGAGAUGCUUCUAUUUGUGUGUGCUUGUUAGUUUGUACGUGAAUCUAAUUGGACUAGGUCCAAGUUUGAGUGGCUUUCCAAUGUGUGAGAUGCUUCUAUUUGUGUGUGCUUGUUAGUUUGUACGUGAAUCUAAUUGGACUAAGUCCAAGUUUGAGUGACUUUCCAAUGUGUGAGAUGUUUCUAUUUGUGUGUGUGCUUGUUAGUUUGUACGUGAAUCUAAUUGGACUAGGUCCAAGUUUGAGUGACUUUCCAAUGUGUGAGAUGCUUCUAUUUGUGUGUGCUUGUUAGUUUGUACGUGAAUCUAAUUGGACUAGGUCCAAGUUUGAGUGACUUUUCAAUGGGUGAGAUGCUUCUAUUUGUGUGUGCUUGUUUUUUCCUUAGCAUCAAUCUCAAAAUGUACUUAAUCGAUUGAAUUUGGGUUAUGGAGUCAUCAUUAUGUUA